CAGCCAGAAUUGCCAGGCGCCGCGUGCGAGUCUCCAGCUACCAAUCAGCCCACUUUGAACCUCUCUCUGCCUGUGUACAGUACAAAGUCCAGGCCUGCCAGGAACCAGCUUAAAUGAAUUAGCCGGUCUCUUUCGAGCUUCCACCAGCCCAAGAACGAACAAUCUUGCAAAGGUUGAUCUCUCGGCCAUGUCUCUGCUCCUUGAUUUCGUGGAUGUGACCGACCCCAGCUUUGGGAUAGCUGUCCUCUGCAUCGCCUUUAACCCUCUUUUCUGGAAUCUGGUAGCGAGAUGGGAGUACAGGACCCGGUCGCUCACGCGUCUCUUCCGUUCUCCGUACCUGGCCUGUUACUGCCUGGGAGCUGUCAUCAUGUUCCUUAAUUUCCUGCGGAGCCACUGUUUCACAGAAGCCAUGAAGAGCCAGCCCAAACUGAAGGCCCUGGAUUCCCUCUUGGCGCACUACACCAGUGUAGCCCUGAUGUCCAUUGGCAUCGUGUUUGUCACUUCCAGCUUCCUGGCCCUGGGAUUCAUUGGAACAUUCUUGGGGGACUACUUCGGCAUCCUCAUGGAGGCAAAGGUGACGUCUUUUCCGUUCAACGUGUUGGACAAUCCCAUGUAUUGGGGCAGCACCACGAUCUACCUGGGUUGGUCCAUCAUGCAUGCGAGCCCAGCUGGUCUCAUCCUGACGGCAGUGGUGGCGCUGUGCUACACAAUUGCUUUGCGGUACGAAGGGCCUUUCACAGAAGAAAUCUAUCGCCAGAAAGCAGCCAAGAGCAAAUAGGCCACAGAACCCUCAGAAGAAUGGCUCGGUUUGGAAGCUGGAAACUGGCCUGCCGCCGCCGCCACUAGCUAAUGGGUGCAGGAUAAUUUGACGGGGUGUGAAAAGUACAGCCUGACUUCUAAUCAUGCUUUCCACGGACUCUUCAGAAGCCUCCUUUCGAGAUGGAGUUGGGAGGGAGUGGUUAUGGAAGGACACCCCCCCCAAUCCUUCACAAAGCCUCUCCCCAGCCCCAGCAGCUUCCAUUAAGUGUGCCAAGUCUGAAUGCGUUGAUUAUAUACCGGAGAACGUCGAGAAAAGUGGAACAGGCAGGAGGCCUGAUUAUUUUAUGUAACCACACAUCCCAAAAAGAUGAUUAAUGUACAUUCCUCUUGGGGGGGGGGGGAGAAAAGCCAUAAUUGCACAGGCCCGUUGAACGCACACGAGAGCUUUGCCCCUGCUGGCUUAUAGGAGAUGGCGUUAACCUUUUGGAAAGGGAAGCGGGGUUUGGAGCUCGUUCCCGGCGCGGGAACGCCCAGCGCCGCAACUUCUCACGCCGUCUUUUCAUGUCCACGCAAACGUUUCGAGGUCAUUUUUCUGCUAUACCCCUCUUCUCACGGAGCUUUUCAGCCAGAGCAUCACACUCGGAAGCUCGGCAGGUGUUUCUUCGUGGGGCGCCCCAGAGCUCGCAGCCGAACCGCACGAUCAGAACGGUUAUAUGGUGUGCCUUUUGCUGGGCUAAACCAUACCACACUGCAGCUGGAGAACUUGACAUGUUUUGAGCGAGGAGAGCCAAGCCCCCCUCCCCAUAGAAAACAAACAUCUCAGCUAAACAUUCUUCCUGAUAAGCUAGAAUUCUGUGCAGGGAGGCUCUUGCUGUUGUAGUUGUUUUUAAAUGUGACAAAUUUUAAAGAAGCAUUUUCUCCCUUCCUGCAGUCUGAAAUGGUACUUCCUGCCCAAGCGGCAUCACAUGACCCUGCUGCACGAGUAUUUCAGUUCUCUACCUGGCUGUUCUGGUUGUGCACAUUUGCACAUGACUUAAUUAGGACGUGUUGCGCACUCAACUUCUCGCCCUGUGAGGUCUUUUGAUUCUUGCAGCAGACUCCUUGGCCUCUCUUUCUGCCCUCGAUGUCAUUGGCUGACCUGCUCUGACAUCACGCAGUUAGAAUUUAGGCUCCGAAAUACGCGAGCAGCUUUUCCGAGAUUAAGCCUCAGAAGUAUUAUCUUUGGGCUCUUACGCGUCUCACUCCAGCCACAUCCAGAUCAAGUCCCUCUGGGGAUGUCAAAGGGGCAGUGGGAGCCACAAUAUGCCGAUUUCCACAAUUCAAGUAACAUGACAUAAGCCUCACAAAUCUUCUCUGAGCACUUGCCCAGAAUACAAAGCCGAUUGCCCCUUUGGUUUGGGAAAAGUUGAAAUGUAUUUGAUGACAUUUACCGCAGCUGAGGUCACAUCGAUGACGGCAUGCUUAAACUGGUUUCCCUAGCAGGGCUUUCCUGCAGAGGUGUGUCCCUCCUCUGCCUGUCAAACACCACUGCCCAUAUUUUCAGGCCAGGCCGAAAAGAUGAUAGAGACUGAAAAGGAGAUCAAAGGAUGGAAAAGCUUAUCAGGUGCCCUUAGCAAUAUGAGGAAUCUGGUGCCUUUUCUGCUGUGUGUACAGUUGGUGCUAUAAAUUCCUUCCCCUUCUUUUCUCUCCUUACUGGUGUUCAUUUAUGGCUCUACCACUUUCCAUCAGCCUGCCAUGAAAAUAUGUCAUCCCACUGCUCUCCCAUUGUUUCCAAGAUCUCCCAGACAAUCCCCAGUAUCUGGGGCUUAUCCAAAUUCCUUCCACUGCUGCCCUAACCUUCUGUGCCCCAUACAUUUUACCUUUCUGAACCAGCUCCACUCACCCGAACUAUACUCACAAAAUACCAAAAGGAGACAGGAGCUCAGGAGGCUGCCUUAUACAGAGUCAGGCCAGUGGGCCAUUUUGCUCACUACUGUUUGCACUGACUGGCAGCAGCUGUCCAGGGUUGCAGGAAAGAGUCUGUUCCAACACUACCUGGAGUUUCCAGGAAUUGACCUUCUGUAAGAUGCUGUAUGCACGGCGCAACAGCCCUCUCUCUCGCUGCGCCAUGCCUCUGUUUCCCUUUCCCUCGGGUAAAAUCCCCAAUGGAGAAUGGGUUUUCCUUUUGGGAAAACAGGUCUCAAACAAACUUUAUUAUAACAGGUGUAAACAAGGAGUUUUGGUUCUUCUUCUUCCACAGACAUAUAACAAACAAUGCUGUUGCUUUUUAUUAAAAUGUAUACCUGUCUUAAGUUAUAGUUUGUAUGCUGUUCAGGCUUAAGGUUACUCUCUUUUACACAUCUUCCAUAGAUCAGACUUCUGAUCAGGAACUGUUGCUAGUUAACUGUUUGCUGGCAAGGGGGGAAAUCACUCAGCAACUCAACCUGCUCAGUAAACAAACUUUUCCGUCACACUGUACCAGUGAGCUCUGGCCCUUCUUCGUGCUAUAUUAAGCAAGCUAUAGCAUGGAAGCCCAUGUCAAAUUUGGGCUUUAUAUCUUGGUAGCAUUACCCUGUUUCCCCCCCGCUUUGUCCACAGCAGUUGGACCUCAAGGUGCUGAGUGCUAAAUGCCCCCGUUUGAAGAAAUAAAAUACAGAAGUCCAGGGAC